ACUGUUUUCAUUUUCAUUGUAUGGUCUGAAACCGAUAUGGUCGCGACUCCGAGGAUAAGAAUCGGAAUCGGAGCCGUACACACCCACCGCCUCACCAUGACCUCCCCCUCUCUUUCUCUUCCUCCUCACUCUCUCUUCUUCCUGGGAAGCCGCACACUCCCUGCUUCCCGUCGUUCUCUCUGUGUCAACUCGCUCAUUUCAACUCGUUCAACUACUCUCCGAGUCAAAGCUUCCUCCGCCGAGCCGCCCUCUUCCCCAGCCAAAGGUGUUGAGAAUGUGGUAAUUAUAGGUUCCGGUCCUGCUGGAUAUACAGCAGCCAUAUAUGCUGCUCGUGCCAAUUUGAAACCUGUAGUAUUUGAGGGGUAUCAGAUGGGUGGUGUGCCUGGUGGACAGCUUAUGACUACCACUGAAGUAGAGAAUUUUCCUGGGUUUCCAGAAGGAAUAACUGGUCCAGAUUUGAUGGAUAGGAUGCGGCGGCAAGCGGAACGGUGGGGAGCUGAACUGUUCCAAGAAGAUGUGGAAUAUGUUGAUGUUAAAAACAGUCCUUUCACUGUGAAAAGCAGUGAACAUGAGGUGAAGUGCCACAGCCUAGUUUUGGCUACAGGAGCCACUGCAAAAAGGCUCAGGAUACCCCGUGAAGAUGAAUUUUGGAGUCGGGGAAUUAGUGCUUGUGCAAUUUGUGAUGGAGCCUCACCACUGUUCAAGGGGCAGGUUCUUGCUGUUGUUGGAGGUGGUGAUACAGCUACAGAGGAAGCAUUAUACCUAACUAAGUAUGCCCGUCAUGUUCAUUUGCUUGUACGAAGGGAUCAACUUAGGGCAUCUAGAGCAAUGCAAGAUAGAGUGUUCAACAAUCCAAACAUCACGGUGCACUUCAAUACAGAGACAGUGGAUGUUGUUAGCAAUACUAAAGGGCAGAUGUCUGGUAUUUUGACUAGAAAAGUUGAUACUGGAGAAGAGUCUGUACUUGAUGCAAAAGGCUUGUUCUAUGGCAUUGGUCAUUCGCCUAAUAGCCAGCUGUUGGAAGGUCAAGUUGAACUUGACAGGGCAGGCUAUGUAGUAGUUGAGGAAGGUUCUGCAAAAACCUCUGUUGAAGGUGUGUUUGCAGCUGGAGAUGUACAGGACCACGAAUGGAGGCAAGCUAUAACUGCUGCUGGAUCUGGAUGUGUUGCUGCAUUAUCAGUUGAGAGAUAUCUUGUUAGCAAUGAUCUACUUGUAGAGUUCCAUCAGCCUCCAACGGAAGAGGUUAAGAAGGAACCGACUGACAGAGACGUUAAAGAGGGCUUUGACAUUACACAAACAAAGCACAAGGGCCAGUAUGCUCUACGAAAAUUGUACCAUGAAAGUCCACGGCUCAUUUGUGUACUGUAUACAUCACCAACUUGUGGUCCAUGUAGGACUUUGAAGCCGAUUCUUAGCAAGGUGAUUGAUGAAUUUGAUCAAAACGUGCAUUUCGUUGAAAUUGACAUAGAGGAAGAUCCAGAAAUAGCAGAAGCAGCUGGAAUUAUGGGCACCCCAUGUGUGCAGUUCUUCAAGAACAAGGAGAUGCUCAGAACUGUAUCAGGUGUCAAAAUGAAGAAAGAGUACAGAGAAUUCAUUGAAGCAAAUAAAUGAAAGAGCACUGAAUUUGCAGUUGCCAUCGUUUUUGUCAUUCAAUUUUGUUCCUAGCAAAAGAGUUGUAGCCAAAAUACUGCAUUAUAAUUCAUACAAUGAUACUUGUUAUUGAUAAAUACUGCAUUGUAGAUUAUACAUCCAGAGCCUCCAAAGCACUUUUACAUAUGUAAAAUUCCAACCUUAUAUUUCCUUCAA